UCAGCAGCCUGAAGCCCAGCCCGCUGCUCCGCAGUCUUCCUCUCCAGCCGAGCCUCCCUCCGUGCAGUCCUGUGUGGCAGCUGAAGUCGCAGCUCUGAGUCCAGGAUGGAACCCGGGCUGGGGCCUGAAGCUGCCGCCCUCCACACACAUUGGCUGGCCAAGUUGCUAUUGGGGCUUACGGCCCUGAGCUGUUCUCUCUCCUCGCCAGCUUCUCCCGCUCCUUCUCUGGUGCCCCGAGUCAGAACCACCUACAAUUUGGGACGGACUUUCCUCGGUCUUGAUAAAUGCAAUGCCUGCAUUGGGACAUCCAUUUGCAAGAAGUUCUUUAAAGAAGAAAUAAGGUUUGACAACUCGCUGGCUUCCCACCUCGAAUUGCCUUCUGAAUACUUGCCUUCUUACCCUGCAAAUUACUCAGAUGAUUCUAAAACCUGGCGCACUGUAGAGAUCUCUAGGCUGAUCAGCAGAUACCAAAAUGAGGUCUCAGACAUGAGAAUCUGUGCCUCCAUAUCAGCCCCAAAGACCUGCAGUAUUGAGCGUGUCCUGAGGAAAACAGAAAGGUUCCAGAAAUGGCUGCGGGCCAAGCGCCUCACACCGGACCUGGUGCAGGGCCUGCCCAGCCCCCUCCUGCGCUGCCCAACACAGAGACUUCUGGACCGAGUGGUCCGGCGCUAUGCUGAGGUGGCCGACGCUGGCAGCAUCUUCAUGGACCACUUCACCGACCGCGACAAGUUGCGUCUGCUCUACACCCUGGCUAUCAACACGCACCCCAUCGUCCUACAGAUCUUCCCCGGGGCAGAGGGCUGGCCAUUGCCCAAGUACCUGGGUUCCUGUGGCAGACUCCUCAUCAGCACCAGCACCAGGCCUCUGCAGGAAUUCUUCGGUGCGCCUCCAGACCAGGCAGCUGACAUUGCCUACCAACUCCUUGGUGUCCUGGAGUCCCUGAGGAGCAAUGAUCUGAACUAUUUCUUCUACUUCACUCAUGUCGAUGCAGGCAUGUUUGGCAUCUUUAAUAAUGGGCAUCUGCUCAUCCGGGAUGCCAGCGCACUGGGCGUCAUCGACAAGCAGGAAGGCAGCCAAACGGCCACCAAGACCAGAGAGAACCAAGAUGUUUUCAGUUGCCUGGUUUCUGGCUGCCAGGCCCAGCUGCCCUCCUGUGACACCAUCGCUGAGAAGCAUAACCUCGUUUUGUCACAGUCCCUCCUGAAUGCAGCUGGCCACCGGAAGGAAACCAUAGCCCACAGACCUCCCAGAGCUCCACAGAAGAAUGACGGUUGCCACAGAGAUCCUCCGAUGCGUGAGGCAGGCCCCAAAGCAUCUCUGUAGGUCCAGGUGUUCUUCCUUUGCUGGAUUCUUCCACACAGUGAGUGACUUUUGAUUGAGGUCCCUCCCCAGGGAGUCCAGAAAUGGUCCUUUCCUAGGACUUGAGCUAACCCUCCGCUAAACCUCCCACUGUCUGUCCACCUGCAUAGCCCUCCAGACCUCUUCUCCAGAGCAGUUGCCUGAGACUCUGAGGAAUGCUCUUUCAAAACCAUCAUGUAAUGUGAAGCUGCUCCAUCUACACAGGAAGUGCAGCUCCAGGCCCCUCCCGAAUCAGGACAAGGAAAUCUUAUGCCUCACUUGCCAGAGUCCUGGGAGAAAGCAAAGAAGAAAAACACCCAAGGAUCCCCCAGGUGGCUGCUGGGAGACUUGGUUUUAGUAUUAAUUAUAGUUGAAUUCUAUUUGUGCAGCUGUGUUCACAUCCACAGUGCAAGCCAAGAGUUAAGGAAGGCCAGAUAGAUGUCAGGCUGGGCCCACAUGUGCUUAGCAAUGGUCUAGAAAUGGUUCACCAGCUAGUGGCUUUUCGUGGGAUAUGGAGGUCACAGAGUUCCUUUUCUCAUACACUUUCAUGUCAGAGCAGAUCUGUUGCUCUUAUCAGCAUGGCUGAAGAUCACAGGCCCUACUCGGGCACUGUCUUCAGGGGACAUUUUGCUCAAACCCCUCCUUCUGCUGACGCUCUGCUACUCCCUCUCUGUGGUAGAGCCAGAGAAGAGCCAUCAGAUCCCUCUUUAAGUGACAACUGUCUCCCCAGUAUGGGGCUGCAGUCAGUAGGCUGCUUCAGCUGUCAACCCCUUGAGCCUCUGCCUCAGCCCUUCUGUGGCGUUGGCUCAGGGUCACACCCUUCCUAGGACAUCAUCCUAUCUAGUGAUCAGGUAUGGCCAGGGGCCGUUUGGCCCCACCAAGCUACAGCUCUGACAGGCAGUUCUCAUUCCAGAAAUUCCCACUGAGCCAAUCAGGACUCCGCUGGACCUGUACCACAGUCUAACCUUCCCCUGCCCAUCCUCCUUCCUCUGCAUUCUUCUUACAGGUGUUGGUCCCUCUUAAGCAUCUUAUGCCCCACAGUGAGCUGAAAGAUAUAUCCGUAUCCUACUCCCCAGAAUCUGUGAUGAUUAUCUGACAUAUGAAAAGAUGCAACUAACUCAAGGAUUAUAAGAGAAGGAGUUUGUCUUGAGUAGAACAGGUAGACCCUGAGUGCCAUCUCAUGUCCUUACAAGAGAGAGGCAGAGGGAGUUUGAAAACAGAAGAGGAGUGAUAUAAAGAUGGGGUGAUGUGCCCACAAGCCAGGCAACCCUGACAGCCAUCAGAAGCUGGGAGCGGCAGGGGACAGAAUCUCCUCCAGACCCCCCAGAGGAGUGUGGCCCUGCAUGCAUUAUAUCCUUUAUCUUUCCAGCUGAAUUUCACAACACUUUGAUUUCAGCCCAAUGAAACUAACUUCAGACUUUUGGCCUCCAGAAGUGUGAGAAAAUAAACUGCUACUGUUUUGAGCCACAUGCUUUGUUAUAAUUUGUUAUAGCACUCACAAGAAACUGACACACACACCAAUGUCCAUCUUAGUAUCCGCUUCUACAGAUCCCAACCUGCAACACUUCUCAACUCCAGUCUGCUGUGUUUCACUCACAUGGGAGAGUACAAUAUGCAUCCAUAUCCCCCUGAGUUUCUUUCCUGCAUUGACAAGGCUCCAUGCAUCAUUGAAGACCCUGUCUGGGUCCUAUCCUGAUGCCAAAUUUGGCUUAACAGGCCAGCACUCAGAGAUCACUUUCUGAAUCUUUUCUCUGAAUUCCUGGGCCACAGGUCUGUAUCCCAUUUGAAGCAAAUCCCAGGGGUAGCCCAGAAAGAUCUAUGUCCCAGCC